AUCAAGCUCUCCAUUUAAUUAUGGGAUGUGCAAUAAUGGAUAUAGCAGCUGUUUAGAGACAACUCGUGCUACAAUCAAGCCAUAUUGAAGGGCAGCUCAGAAGGGACGAGUAAAAGGCUACUACCGGAGGCCAAAACGAAGACACUCAAUGCCAGCCAGAAAGGGGCUGUUGGCGCCCCAAAACACAUUCUUGGAUACAAUAGCGACUCGCUUUGAUGGCACACAUUCGAAUUUUGUCCUGGGAAAUGCUCAGGUGGCUGGCUAUCCAAUUGUCUACUGUUCAGAUGGUUUUGUGGAGCUGUCCGGAUUCUCUCGUGCACAAAUUAUGCAAAAAGGAUGUGCCUGUCGCUUCCUAUACGGCUCGGAGACAAAGGAUGAGCACAAGGCUCAAGUGGAGAAGAGUCUGGAUGGAAAAAUCGAGCUCAAGCUCGAGGUUAUAUUCUACAAGAAGAAUGGAACUCCUUUUUGGUGUCUUCUCGAUAUUGUUCCAAUUAAGAAUGAGAAACGUGAAGUGGUUCUAUUCUUGGCGUCGCACAAGGAUAUCACAAACACCAAAAUGGCAGAAAUGUCCUUGUCUGAUGAAUGUGAUAGCGCUGCCUUAUUGGGUGCACGUUUUAGAUCAUCAGCUGACUCCUCCUUACUUCCAGACGAUGGUGGUUUGGCGGGUGACUUUGAUGUCCCAAGUGGGGUCAACAUGGGCCGCAGGCGAUCACGGGCAGUGCUCUAUCAACUGUCUGGCCACUACAAGCCAGAGAAAGUCAAGACAAAACUGAAAUUGAACAAUAAUCUGUUGCACUCCACGGAUGCUCCCCUGCCGGAAUACAAGACUCAAGCCGUGAAGAAGUCCCGCUUCAUCUUGUCUCACUAUGGCAUGUUCAAGGGAUGCUGGGACUGGCUGAUUCUCGUGGCAACGUUCUAUGUUGCCGUCGCGGUGCCGUACAAUGCAGCCUUUGUCAAGACGGAUCGCAUGACAAUGGCCUCAGACGUUAUAGUGGAAGCUCUUUUUAUUGUAGAUAUUAUAUUAAAUUUCCGGACCACGUACGUGUCUCGCAAGGGUGAGGUUGUGUCCGAUUCGAAAGCGAUAGCGCUCAACUAUCUCAAGGGGUGGUUCGUGGUGGACCUCCUGGCAGCUCUGCCCUUCGAUCACCUCUAUGCCAGUGACUUGUACAGUGGCGAGGAGUCGCACAUCCACCUGGUGAAGCUGACGCGACUCCUCAGGCUGGCGAGGCUACUCCAGAAGAUGGACCGAUACUCUCAAUACACGGCCAUGAUCCUCACACUGCUCAUGCUGUGUUUCUCACUUGUUGCACACUGGCUGGCGUGUAUCUGGUUUGUGAUUGCAGAAAAGGAGAGGAUGUACAAUGACAUCGAUUGGGACAUUGGAUGGAUGCAUACACUCUCGGAAAGGCUCAAGGUUCCCGUGACGAAUCUCACUCAAGUGGAAGUUUAUGUCACCAGUCUCUAUUUCACCUUCACCAGUCUCACUUCUGUGGGAUUUGGCAAUGUGAGCGCCAACACCACAGCUGAGAAGGUUUUCAGUAUCAUCAUGAUGCUUAUUGGGGCUCUCAUGCACGCUGUCGUGUUCGGUAAUGUCACAGCCAUCAUCCAAAGAAUGUACUCGAGACGGUCUCUCUACCAGAGCAAAUGGCGGGAUCUCAAGGAUUUCAUCGCACUGCAUCAGAUGCCAAAGGAACUGAAACAACGAAUGCAGGACUAUUUUCAGACGGUGUGGUCUCUCAAUCACGGCAUCGAUAUCAAUGAGAUUCUCAAGGAGUUCCCAGAAGAGCUGCGCGGCGAUGUUUCGAUGCAUCUCCACCGCGAAAUCCUUCAGCUUCCCAUUUUUGAGGCCGCCUCUCAGGGAUGCCUGAAGCUGCUUUCUCUGCAUAUCAAGACAACCUUCUGCGCCCCAUCGGAAUUUCUCAUCCACCGUGGUGAUGCACUAAAUCACAUUUACUACAUCUGCAAUGGUUCCAUGGAAGUUAUGCAGAACAACAUGGUCGUGGCGAUUUUGGGAAAGGGAGAUUUGGUCGGAUGCGACAUCUCUGCGCACUUGUCCACCCACUCCAAUGGUCAAGGAGCCAACACAAAUGCCCAGACGUCGCAGGAUGUUGUGGUGAAGAGCAGCAGCGACGUGAAGGCGUUGACUUACUGUGAUCUCAAGUGUAUUCACAUGUGUGGCCUGGUCGAAGUCCUGAGGCUCUAUCCUGAGUAUCAGCAGGAAUUUGCAAAUGACAUCCAGCACGAUCUCACGUUCAACUUGAGAGAAGGAUACGAAGCUGAGCAGGAGUCAGACAUCAAUGGACCUUCUCUAGCUCUGCCAUCGAUCAGUGAAGACGACGAAAACCAGCCAGAAUCCGAUGCGCACUCAGCUUCUCCUCAGACAAAUGUCGCGAGAUCUCCGCUGCACACAAGCAGUCCCAGGCACGGGAAGUUUCUGCAAAGAGGGAGAUCCUUGGCUGCCUUGAGGGAGAGAGUUGAGCGCCAACGAUCCGUUCCCAAUCAAUCGCCUACGAUGCAACGCACACAGUCCAACAGUCUGGAAGGCCUAAACCUAGAACAACCCCAUAAGCGCUCCCACGAUCGCCUGGACAGUCUCCACCAGGACGUGGCGGCGCUCAGUAUUGAAGUCCGCAAUGCCAUCCAAGCCCUCCAAGAGAUGGCCAUGUCUCGCCUGGCCUCACAGGCAGAUCUAUCAGCUAGUCGCUUCGCUCCGGCGCGCUCCAUCCCCAAUCUGCCCAACGGCACGGGCCCCAUGAUGGCUUACGAGCAGCUCAUGAUGGCGCGCAGCUCAUCCCAUCCACCAGAGAUCUGGGGCAGGGAGAUGUCCCUGCCCGAGGAGCAGUUCACGCGGGGCGGUGGAGCGCCACCCGAGUAUGCCGAGUCCGUGAGGAGUCUCAGUACCGUAGCCACGCAAACGGACGCGGCGAUCGACUACGAGACACUCGAAAAGAUCGUCCUCCGCAAUCCGCGGCUCGUUCUCGGCAUCCUCGGGAUAGACGCUGUUUAUCGCACGGAGUGCGAAGUCACGCCCAAGCCAUCGACACUGAACACCAUUCCGGAGGCUCUCAGUUCGCCAGAGGUGAGCAACAACAAUCUCAAUGGUCUGCUGAGUGAUGAAAUCAUCGGAGAGGAGGUGCCCAAUGAAAACUCUCGCUCCACUGAUGCCCUCCUGGGCAACAGCUGCGAAGAUGUGGCCGCGAAGGAGGACAAUCCCGCCGAAAGCACCUCCUUUGCCGCCACUCUGAGGGAAAAGUACAAGUGGGAGAAGAGCCUGAGGAAGUCCAUGUCGGACUUCGGGAUGAGCAAGUCUAGCAGUAGCAACAGUCUAACCACAAUCUCAAAUAGCAAAUCCACGGACUCAGACAUGACGGGGAAGCAGAAGACCUCGCGGAGGUCCUUCAAGGGAGCGCCAGAAAAGAAGGAGUACGAGAGAUUCUCCUCGGCUGAGAGCCCACCAGAGUGUCUGCCCUCCACGUCGGCCUACUUCGAUGAGGCGGAUGAGAAGAGAGCCCUCCUGGGCAGAGACACCAAGGUGACUCUGCGGCGCAGCAGCAGCAACUCUAGAGCGCCGGCAAUCUAUCGCUUCUCGGCAGGAGAUGCUGACAAACUGGAGGCAGGCAUAAAGAAUCUGCCAUCGACGAGAUCCCUCAAGGAGAGCUGAAUCCUUUCUUCACUCCCCCCAUGUCUCUUCCCUCCACCCAAAAUCACAAGUAGAAUUUACUCUAUCUCAAACUGUCCAUCACGUGUAUUUUUGACCCUUUACCUCUAAAUUUCAGUGAUAAGAGAGGCGAAAAAGUAAUAAUUUUGUACAUAUCACAAAAUGAGAGUUAACAACUCUCGAUGGGAAAUUAUUUUUUUCAAUUAGAGUGCCUCUGAAUUAACUUCUAAAAGAAAGAAUCAACAAUUAUAAACUGAAUGUUCAGCAAGAGACUUUGGCUUAUCUUAACGUGGAAAAGAAACACUCUCUAUACUCUUUGAAUGUACAUCUUUCGGAGUUUAUAUUUUUAGGAGAAGAAAAAUCAUGUGAAUUACUGUGAAUCUGUAACAUUCCACUUACGAUAAAUUAACUUGAAUUAAGUGACGUGAUAGUUGGUAGUUAAGCACAUUGAUUGGCAUCAAAAUCUGCUUUAUUUUAGGAUGAAUAAAUGAAAAUUCAAUUGCAUGAUUUGUGUUGAUGAUCAUGAUUUCGAAUAAAG